AUGGCGGCGGUCGACAUGCAGGCGCGCGUCGCCUCGCUCGAGCAGGAGCUGGCCACCGUUAGGGCCCAGGCCGACUCCGACGCCAUCAACGCCGAGCAUCAGUCGCAGGCGAUGGAGGCAAGGUACAACGCUCUCGAGGCUGAGCACUCGGAGGCUAUCGCGGAGCGCGACGCCAUCAAAACGCAGCUGACCUCCGCGCGUGAUGAACUCACCGCCGCGAAGGCUCAGUCCGCCACCCUGGACGUCUCGAUCCUCCAGCUCACGGCGUCCACCGAGCGACUCAAGGCUGAGCUCAACGAGGCGAACGCGUCGCGAAGGGAGCUGGCGGAGCGUCUCGAGCUGAAGAACUCGGAGAUCGCCGAGCGAAACAAAACCGCGGAGGAGCACCUCGCCAAGCUGGUCGCCGCUCAGGAGGAGCGCAGCCGCGUCGAGGCGCAGCUCCGCGACGCCAACAACAAGCAAGCCGCGUUCGAGAGCGCCAAGGCGCGGAUGGAGCAGCAGCAGCAGCUCCUGCAGCAGCACAACGAGUGGCUCAGGGCGGAGCUCUCGAAGAAAUCUGACGAGCUCCUGUCCGCGAGGAAGGCGGCGUCCGCGGAUGCCCUCGAGGCGGCCAACGAGCUCGAGCGCGUCAAGAAGGAGGCUGCCGCCGCGGUCAGGGACCUGGGCGGCGCCAAGGAGGAAGCCGCGCGUGCGUCCGCCUCGGCUUCGCGAGCCAACGAGGAACUUCGGGGCGCCAGGGAGUCCGCCGCCGCGGCUGAAGCGCACUUCGACAAGGAGCUCGUCACCGCCAAGCGACUCGCGGAGCUGUACAAGAAACAGGCGGAGACGCGCGGGGCGAAGACCACCGAGCUCGAGGGCGUCCUGCAGGCUCUGAGGGACCACCUGUCGGAGAUCAAGGAGGAACACGCGCGAGCGUUGGCUGAGGCUCACGCGGCGAGGGAAAAGGCGGAGAAGGCGGCCGCCUCGUCAGCCGCCGAGCUCGACGCUCGCCCGCACUCCGGCGCUCCCGCGUCCCCGAACGAAAACGCGCUGCCGGCGCCAACCUUGGCCGCGGACGGCGCGGCGAGCGGCAGGCAGGCGGGCGCGCUUCUCGCCAUGCAGCUCCCCGACACAGCCGCGGCGGCGCUGCGCAAGGAAAACCUGACGAUGACCGAGCUCUACUCCAAGUACGCCGAGGCUGCCGACGCCUGGCGCAAGGAGUGCGCCGAACGACGAAGGCUCCAGGCCACGAUCGACGGGAUGCUCAGCGAGCUCGAGCAAAGGGCGCCCAUGCUCGCGGAGCAGCGGCGCGAGUACGAGCGAGCCGUCGCGGCUCACGCCGAGAUGCGCCUUCGACUCGAGGACUCCACCGUCGAGUUGAGACGCAUGGAGACGGAAUCCAGGGCGCACGCGGCGGAUAAGCGGCACCACGAGCGCGUGGUGAAGGGCCUCGAGGCGCAGUCCGCGGACCUCUCCAGGCAGGUGCAGCUCUUGCUCAAUGAGGUGACGGAACUGAAGGGGGGCGCGCCGACGGCGAUUGCGCCCAAGUCGAUCGCCGCCGGCGACGCCGCCGCGGUCGUCACCGCGGAGCUCGUGGACUUCCGGGACAUCGCCGAGCUCCAGGAGCAGAACCGGCGUCAGCUCGAGGUCAUCCGCACCCUCAGCGCGGACCAGGAGGAGCUCGGCCAGAGGCUCAAGGAUGAGUACGAGGCUGAAGCCGCCAAGCUUCGCGCCGAGACGGCCAAGGCGGUGGAGGAGAUCGAGGGACGCAAGAGCAAGACCCAGACCAUGAUGGACGCGGUGACGCGCCAGCGCGACAUGUACAAGGCGCUCUACGCGUCCGCGUCGGUUCCCGGCGGCGCGGCGACGGCGGAUGCCGCGGCUAUGUCACUCGCGGCGGCGGCGGCGGCUUCGCUAGCCAAGACGGAACACCUCGCGCUGCCCCACGGGUCGAACGACGCCGAGACAGCGUCAGCGCAGCUCGCGGCGCUCAACGCGGAGCUGCGCGAGGAGCUCGCCAAGCAGAAGGAGGAGUCAGCCGCCAACGCCGAUUUACUUCGCAAGCAGGCGGAUGAGCACCGAGGCGCCGCAGCCACCGCCAAGGCGGAGGCGGCGGCGGCCAGGGCGCAGGCUGAAUUCGAGCGCAGUCGGUACGCCUCCCUGCAGGAAUCCGCGGACGCCGCGAGGAAGGACGUGGACGCGCUCGUGGAGAAGAACUCGCAGGCGCAGAGACUUCUCGCCGAGCACGAGGCUGCGCUCCGCGAACGAAACGCUCGCCUCGACGCCGCCGAGGACCGAUGCGCCCGCGCCGAAUCCGCCGCGCGACGCGCCGACGCCGAGCGCGAGCUCCUCACGCGCGCGGAGCAGCGCGCCGCGGAGGCGGCGGCGAAGGCCACCGCGGAAAAGUCCAAAAUCGAAGCCGCGAGAGACGCGGCGCUGUCGCUCAAAGAGGCGAGGGAACGCGAGAUUGGCGCCGAGCGCGAACGUCUCGCGACGGAACUCGCGCGCCUGCAAAAGGACUGGGCCGCCGCCAGGACCGACCUCGACACGGAGCGCGAGCGCACGCGCACCGCGGCGGCGGCGGCGGCGGCGGCGGCGGAGAAGGCGGCGUCGCGAGCCGCGGCGGACGAAACCGCCGCCGCCGCGCUUCGAGACGCCAAAUCCGACGCGGAGACUCGCGCCACGGUAGCGGAGGAGAAGUGCAAGAUCCUGGAGCAGCAGCUCAAGAAGGCGGACGAGCGCGUGCGCGUCGCCAUGCAGGCGUCGGCGCGGGUUACGUCCGCGGGCGGGGGCACGACCGGCGGGGUGUCGAUUGCGGCGGAGGCGGCUGGGGUGGUCGCCGCCGCCGAGCACGGCGCCGCGGAGACGCCGAGGGAGAUGGAGCUCCUCGCCGCCGCCAUGCGCGCGGGUGAGGACGCCGCCACCGCGCGCGAGGCUGCGACCGCCGCGGAGGGCCACGCCGCCCACUACCGCGCCAUCGCGGAGGCGAACGACGCCGCCAUCAAGGAGAUGCAGACCGCCUUUGACGCGCUCAAGACGGAGUCGGAGAGGGCCAAGGCGGAUUUCGCCGCCGAGUCGGAGGCGCUCAGGGCUCGCGCGUCCGAGGCUGAGACCUCCGCGGCGUCCAAGUGGCAGCAGCGCGCUGAGGACGCCGAGGCGAAGGCUGCGCUCGUGGACGACGCCCGGGCGGAGGCAGCGGAGGCGAGGAGGCUGGCGGCGGAGGCUGAGCAAAACGCCGCCGCCGCGGAGGGUCGUGUCGCGGCGCUCGCCGCCGACGUCGAGGAACACCGCAAGCAGUGGCGCCAGGCGCAGCAGAUGUACGAGCAGGAGCUGCUGCACCACGCGGAGGACGUCAAGAAGCUCAACGCGGAGGAGCAGAGGCGCGCGGAGGAGGCGGCGGCGGUCGAGGCGGCUCGGGAGCUGGCGAGAGCGGCGGAGGUUCGACUCGCCGCCGCCGAGUCGAAGUGGGCCGACGAACGCGGAUCGAUGGAAAAGGCGAGGCGCGACGCCGAGGCUAAGACCGCGGCGCUGGGCUCCCAGAACCGGCUCCUCCACGACCAGCUGGAGGACGCGCUCAAGGCGGCCAAGAUUGGCGACGGCGACGCAGCCGGCGGCGAGGAAGCGGAGAAGUCGCUUCGCGAGGUGAUCGCCUUUUUGCGUUCCGAGAAGGAGGCGGCGACGUGCCAGCUCGAGGUUGUCUCGCUCGAGUCGUCCAGGUGGAAGCGCGAGGCGGAGACGGCUCGGCAUCAGGCGGAUGCGGCUCGCGCCACCUUGACCGAACUCGAGAACCAGCUCGGGACCCGGGGCACGGCGGACGGGGAGGAAAAGUACGCCUCCCUGAUGGCCAAGGUGGAGCACCUCAACGUGGUGCAGGAAUCCAACAGCACCUUGCGCGCGGAGCUCACGGGACUGAAGACGCAGCUCGCCGACGCGAAGAAUGCCGCCGCGACGGCGGCGGCGACGGCGGAGCAGGCGAACAAGGAGGCGGCGGAGGCCAAGGCUGCGGCGGAGGGCGCCGCGGGGGAGCGCGAGCUGCUCGUGGCGGACGCGCGGCGAUGGGAGCAGCGCACGCAGCAGCUGCUCGAGAAGUACGGGACGGUUGACCUCGCCGAGCACAACCGCGUCAAGGAGGCGCUCGAGAAGGCUGAGCAGUCCGCGAACGACAAGGUGGCCGCCAAGGUUGCCGAGCUCGAGGCGAAGGAGAAGGCGGCUCAAGAGACCGCCGCGCAGCUCGCGGCGGUCACGGCCAAAGCCGAGAAAUCCACGUCGCAGCUGGAGAUCGCCAAGAAGCACAUCGCCACGUACAACCCCGAGAAGGAUCCCCUGCCCCAGUGGAAGCAGAAGCAGCAGCAGCUUCGCGCCAAGCUCGCCGAGUUUGAGGCCACCGCCGCGACGUGGGAGAAGGAAAGAGCCGAGAUGGAGGCGAAGCUCGAGACGGCCUCCGCCGCCGCGAGGACCGCGCUCACCGAGGGCGCCGCCGCCGCCGACGAGGCUGCCGUCGCCGCCGCCGUCGCCGCGGCGUCUGCGGAGUGGGAAAAAGAGAAGGCGGCGCUCGAGGCUCAGGUGAGCGGGGGCGCCGCCGACGGGGCACAGAUGACGAAGAUGAAGAACAUCGCGCUGAAGAACAAGCAGAUGGUGACCAAGCUCCAGGAACAGGUGCAGCAGGUCAAGUCCCAGGCGGACGAGGCCGCGUCGCUCGCCGCGAAGGAGAGGGAGAAGAUGGAGCUGAGGCUCAAGAUUCUCGAGCAGGAGAAGGCUUCGCUGGAGCGCAAGGCGGCUGGCGCGAAAUCACCCGCCAAGUCGCCGGCGAUGUCUCCGAGGCCCUCGACCGGCGCGGGGGCCGCGGUCGCGGCCGCAGACGCCGGCGCAGAGGCUGCCACCGAGGAGGAACCCGCGGAGGAGGUACCGGAGGAGGAAGCGGCGGCCGCCGCCGUCGACGAAGCGACCGCCGAGGCUGACGCCGAGGCUAAGGCCAAGGCGGAUGCGGAAGCCGCCGCCAAGGCUGCAGCCACCAAGGCGGCGAAGGAGAAGGCGGACAAGAAGAAGAAGGAGAUGGAGGAACUGCGCGCCAAGCUCGCGGAGGCUGAGAAGAAGAAGAAGGAGCUGGCCGCCGCCAAGAAGGCCAAGGCUGAGGCGGAGGCUAAGGCUGAGGCUGAAGCCAAGGCCAAGGCGGAUGCCGAAGCCGCCGCCAAGGCUGAGGCUGAAGCCGCCAAGGCCGCGGAAGCCGCGGCGCCCGUCGAGGACGAGGGCGACGCGGCGGAGGGAUACGACGCCGAGGCGUUCCUCGACGACCUCAUCUCCUCGCCGGCCGACGCGAUGAACGCGGAGGGCGGCGCCUCCGAGCCCGCGGCGCCCGCCCCCGCCGCCGCGCCGGUCAACCCUUUCAUGCGGGCGGCUGCCGGCGCGAGCCCCUUCGGAACCGCCGCCGCGACGCCGUCGCCCACCAACCCCUUCAUGGCUGCCGGCGCCGCCGCGACGCCCGAGCCCGCCAAGAACCCCUUCAUGGCGGCUGGGAAACCCGCGGCGGCCAAGCCCGAGCCCGCCGCCGCCGCGGCUCCCGCCGGCGCGACGGGAACGACGCCCGUCGCCAAGAAAUCGACUGCGGAGAUGCUCGCGGAGAAGAAGAAGGCCACGAUGCUCCAGCAGCAGAAGUCCGCCAAGGCUAAGAAGGAGAAGGAGCAGCUCGCGAAGCAGAUGGCGGAGCGCCAGGCGCAGAUGGAGGAGAUGCGAAAGAAGAUUGCCGAGACGGAGAGCAAAAAGCGAAAGGCUUCCGGCGGGACACCCGAGGGGACACCCGCCACGAAGCAGCUCAGGCCCGACGCCCCCGCGUUCACCCCGGGCGGCCCGGCGGGGGCGACGACCCCCGCGGCCGCGGGCGCCGCGGGGGCCAACCCCGGCGGCGGCCGCGGCGCCGGUCGCGGCAAGGCGGCGGCGGGUGGCGGCGGCCGCGGCGGGGGCGCCAAGGCUGCCACGCCGCCAAAGUCUCCGCCCGGAGCCGGCGCGGUCGGAGCCGGCGACGACGAGGGGAAGAAGUCUCCAAAGGCUGGCGGCGCGUCCGCGGCCGGCGCGGGCCGGGGUCGGGGACGCGGCGCGAAGGGCGGCCGGGGCGGACGCGGGGGUCGCUCGCCGGGUCGGGGCGGCGACGGGUCGGGCGCGGGUGGGGGUGGAAACUCCUUCGCCGCGCUGGGCGAGUGA